GCUAUUAUUAGUAUCUUUUAAUGUGUAAUUCCGAUCAUCACUCCUCAGACGCAUUACCUUUAAAGAAGAAGUAUUCUACGUUAUUAUUUAUUUCACUUAGACUCCAUCAAUGCGAAGUUUCCUUCCCUUUUUAAGCUCUUCUUCACAUGGUCUCACCGUAUCAUUGAUAUCAACUCUUUCUAAAUGCUCUAAGCGUUAUUUCACGCCCCCAAAGAUUCCUAGUCAGUUUAUUCCACGACAAAUGGUGGCGCUGUCAAUCCGAGAUAGUGAAGAACUCGUGGAGGAGAUCGCUGAGGCCUAUGUUAAUAUGAAUUUGUCCACGCAAGAGGAGUUUCGAAAGGCGGCAACGGAAAAGAUAAUUGGUGGUGAGAAGGGCAAGCAAUUAUUGACAUCAAAGCCUAAUAGCACGUUAGCAGAUGAAAAUACUUAAAAACACGUGUAAAGGUAGCUUUUAGAAUAUUGCUUUAGGUCAUGAUGACUAUUUAGAAUAGCGAUACUAAUUGUUGAAAAUUUCCUCGGGGAGGGUACCAUCCUCUGUGGUGUUUGUGUAAAAUAUUUUUUUGUGUGUGUUUACCAAUACGCAAACUAAGAUGCUCAUACUACAAGUACUGCAUUUGGUAUUUAAAAAAA